GUUCUGAUUCCGCACAGGGAACAAAAUUCCAAACGUUUGUCGUCAGAAAGGGACAGCUCAAUUCUUUGAUUCCAUCAGUAACAGCUGAUAACCAGAGGUUUGAUAAUUCCAUAAUUAUUGGACCGUUAUCUAAAGCAGAACACUACUAUACCAUUCACUUCUACUUUUCAAUGAAAACAACAACGAAACUAAAUAUUGCUAUUGAAGACUUGAGGAAGUCUGUAGUAAAGCUAUCAAAGUCACAGACAGCUGAGAGCAGAAGGUGGCCAGUGGCCAGCCAGCCGCCCGCCGUCCCGUUGUCUCACUUUGACGUGGUGCGGUGGGACCACUUCACUCUCACUCACAAAUAUCUCAACAACGAUUUCACAAACCUUGUCCCUCUCUCUGGUGCCGACAAGGAAGAUAUCCAGAGAAUCAUCUCCGCAGCUAUAACUCAUGUAGAGGAAAAGUAUGAGAGUGCAUUGAAAUUUCAUAGGUUUAUAAACGGGUAUCAGAAAUUUGACCCUUCAAGAGGAAUGGAUUAUAUAAUUGAUCUUGAGUUCAGAGAAACUACAAGUGGCAAAACGAUCCACAAAAGAUUUGAAUUGUUCAAAUCGUUGGGCAAGGUAGAGAUGGUACCAGUACCGUAUGUUACGGAGAACGUGCGCGUACAUGUCGUCAUCCCAGUCCAGUCAGCUGACAGUGAAAGGAUAAUGACGUUUUUGAAAAGUUACAGUAUAAAUGCAAUGGAGAAAAAAGAUUUGCAGUUCUUGAUGUUGGUUUUUAUCUAUAACUCGCACGAGUCAUCAAAAGGAGACAAUGAUAUUUUUAAAGAAGUAAAAAAUAAAGCUUUAUCGCUUUCGAAUAAAUUUGAGAAGUUAGGCAAUUUAAUAAAGUGGCAUUCAAUAAAGCUUCCUGGCAAUGGAUCAGACUUUGCAGUUUUAACCGAAUCUUUGCUAGAUUUCGCAGUAAUGGACUCUGUUCUGAAAAAGUUCUCACCAGAAAGUUUAGUUCUUGUAGGAAGGCCUAAUAUGGAAGUGCGUCUGGAUUAUUUUAAUAGGGUGCGGAUGAACACUGUGUUGGAUUUUCAAGUGUUCAGCCCCAUCCCGUUCACUGAGUACCAUCCAGACAUCAUUUACAAUGAGAACCGGCCACAGCCUCCAGAAUUGGAUAUCAACAAGAACUAUGGCCAUUACGAUUCUACAAACUUCAAGCACAUAUCAUUCUACACUGCCGACUAUUUUAAAGGUUCAUUUAAUUUUGCAGCUCGUAAAAAAAUUGAGGAUGUAAUUCCACUUGUUAAAUAUGACAAAGACAUCUGGAAGUUGACACCUAAAUCCCAAUUGGCAGAAGACAGUCCUUAUCAUCUCUAUACAAGGAAUGGUAUAUACAACAUGUUCGUGAAGAACAGCAAAGCACACAUUUUGAGAGCGGUGGAACCCAGUCUCCGCUUGCGACACUCGCUAGAGACCUGUGUGUACUGUCGGAGCCAAGUAGAGUUUAACGAUUACUGCACCAGGAUGCAAGCGUUCAACCUCGCCACUAGAAGUCAACUCGGCAGACUCAUACUGGACUACCAAGCUCACGUUGCAUAUCCUCGGAGUGAAUUUUAGCUUGAUAGACUGGUUCAUACCCUGACAAAGAGCCUAGUAUUAUUAU